CUUCUCCCGGAAGUCUCUUAGGGCCGGGGCGGAAACGGAGAGCUGUUUGCGAGGGGGGUAGUGGAGUGUGGAUUUCUGUGUAGCCAGGUGAGCUGGUGUGAAGGGAGACCGUUGGGGUCAGCUUCGGGGCCCUGGUGGGAAAGAGGAGCCUGACGACUUGGGUCCGAGUUCGACGGGCUCAGUGGGCGGGGCCCGAAAUCUGACUUCUUAGAAGGGCAGGUUCGCGACGAUCCUGAGGGGAGGGGUCCCCCGAGACGUAGGACUUCUGGUAUCUGGUCCGUGGAGCUGAACUCGCGGCGGGGGACCCUCCAGGCCUCCCUCAUGGCGGUGCGAGCGUCUUUCGAGAACAACUGUGAGAUCGGUUGCUUUGCCAAACUCACCAACACCUACUGCCUGGUGGCCAUCGGGGGAUCCGAGAACUUCUACAGCGUGUUCGAGGGCGAGCUCGCCGAUACCAUCCCCGUGGUGCACGCGUCCAUCGCCGGCUGCCGCAUCAUCGGGCGCAUGUGUGUGGGGAACAGGCACGGGCUCCUGCUGCCCAACAACACCACUGACCAGGAGCUGCAGCACAUUCGCAACUGCCUCCCAGACUCAGUGCAGAUCCGGCGGGUGGAGGAGCGGCUCUCAGCUCUGGGCAACGUUACCACCUGCAAUGACUACGUGGCCUUGGUCCAUCCAGACCUGGACAGGGAGACAGAAGAAAUCCUGGCUGAUGUGCUCAAGGUGGAAGUCUUCAGACAGACAGUGGCUGAACAGGUGCUAGUGGGAAGCUACUGUGUCUUCAGCAAUCAGGGCGGGCUGGUGCAUCCCAAGACUUCAAUCGAAGAUCAGGAUGAGCUGUCUUCUCUUCUCCAGGUCCCCCUUGUGGCGGGCACUGUGAACCGAGGCAGUGAAGUGAUCGCUGCGGGGAUGGUGGUGAACGACUGGUGUGCCUUCUGUGGGCUGGACACAACCAGCACAGAGCUGUCAGUGGUGGAAAGCGUCUUCAAGCUGAAUGAAGCCCAGCCUAGCACUAUCGCCACCCGCAUGCGGGAUUCUCUCAUCGACAGGGGAUGGUACCCAGGGCCUACUGUCUACGUGGCAAGUGUGAUACCACCUCACCUGAGUCACCUUCCAUGGUGCACCCAGGCUCCUGCCUCUGGACCUUGGCUCCUUCCCCCAUGCCUUAUCUAGCCUGUACUUGCUGCUGCCAGGAAGGUGUGGCAGAGGGAUCAGUGAAACUGAGUGGCUGGAUGCCCAGCCCUGCACCAGUGCCAUCUUCUGAAUCUGUUGUUCCUGAAAAACCCUCCUGUCAUUCUGGCUGUCAGUGCUCUGGCUCCUGAAUGAGGACUCUGCUGUUCUGGGGUACCCCAUUAAAGGGCGCCUGCCUCUGGCCACUCUGAA